AUGAAGAACCUAAAAGAUCAAAACUCAUCAUUUUCUUCAUCACCAUCUCUAGUAGCAAAGCUUCUCAAUGCUCAAUACCAUCAUUUCCUCAAUCUUCUUUCACUUUCCCUUAUUCUAUUUUGCGGCAUAAUCAUCGGUAUCCUUAUUCAUUCCUCUCUACAAGACAUCUCUUCCACAUCUUCACUCAGCAUCCAACGCCUCUCUCAGCUCUUCCUCGUCUCAUCUCCUCCUCCUCCUCCUCCUCCUCCUAGUACUCCUUCUCCUCCACCUCCUUCUCCCCCUCCUCCUUUUCAGCCCGUGCACGUCGGGCUGAAACAGUUUCUGAGGCCUCCAAAGAAGAUCAUGCACGACAUGGAGGAUAAAGAACUUCUUUGGAGAGCUUCAAUGGAACCUAAGAUCAGAAGCUAUCCUUUUCAUAGAACACCAAAGGUUGCUUUUAUGUUUUUGACAAAAGGUCAAUUACCUCUGGCUCCUCUAUGGGAGAAAUUCUUUAGAGGACAUGAAGAUCUUUUCAGUAUUUACAUCCACUCAUAUCCUUAUAAUAACGAGUCCUAUCCCGAAGGUUCCGUCUUCCGUGGCCGGCAGAUCCCAAGCAAGAGAGUAGGUUGGGGAUAUGUGAAUAUGGUGGAAGCUGAACAAAGAUUACUAGCAAAUGCAUUGCUAGACAUCUCAAACGAACGAUUUGUACUUCUGUCCGAAUCAUGCAUCCCUCUCUUCAACUUCACAACCGUUUACUCUUACCUCACUACAUCAACUCAAACUCACGUCGAGUCCUACGACCAACUCGGCGGCGUUGGACGUGGUAGAUACAGUCCCGAAAUGAGACCACGUGUCCAGCUACGCCACUGGCGAAAAGGCUCCCAGUGGUUCGAGUUAGACCGUGCCAUGGCCCUUGAAAUCAUUUCCGACACAACUUAUUGGCCUCUCUUUUACCGUUACUGCCACCACAGCUGCUACGCGGACGAGCACUACAUCCCUACGCUCCUCAACCUAAAAUCUAGCUUGGGUCGCCGUAACUCGAACCGGACUCUCACUUGGGUUGACUGGACCUACGGUGGGCCCCACCCGACCCGGUUUAUCAGAUACGAGGUGACAGAAGAGUUCUUGGUGAAGCUGAGGAAUGGUGGUGAUGAGAAUAGGCAGUGUUACCACAAUGGAAAGAAGACGAAUAUUUGUUAUUUAUUUGCUCGCAAGUUCUUGCCCACUGCUCUUGGCAGGUUGCUCAGGCUUGCACCUACUGUUUUAUAUUUCUGAUUAUUCUUCUCUCAUAAUUUUUUUUUGGCAAUUUGUCAAUCUAAUCUUGUAAUUCUUUUUGUUCUACUUUUCAAUUCAUAAAUGAUCAUUUAUUUAUAAAGUUAGAUUAGUUUGUUUACAGAUUCUAAACCGAA